AGCACAAAGUGCAGUGGUCUAUGGCGUAAGACGAUGAAAAUUCAGCGAAAAUCACUGAUAGUACACUUGUUCUGAGAGCAGCCACACCAAUCAACGGACUACUGAUAAUAUAUUGAUCGAUUCGCAACAUCAACGGACGUCAAAAUGCAACUGUUGUACGCAACCGGUAGAAUAGUACCAGCUUUAUUAUCCCGUACUGCAAACCGAGCGGUACCAUGCUCGCUGCGUGCCUACUCGGCUCGGCGGCCCGGCUUCUUCACGCAGGUUAUCGAUAACAUUAAGCAGGAGAUGGAGAAGAACAAGGAAAUGAAGGAUAAUCUGAAAAAGUUCCGCGAGGAAGCGCAAAAGCUCGAACAGUCUGACGCACUGAAGGCCGCCCGGCAAAAGUUUAACACGGUCGAAUCGGAAGCUUCCAAGAGCAGUGAGGUGUUAAAGGAUAAUAUCGACAAAAUACGCGACCGCGUGACGGAAGUGAUGGAUGAGGCGGCCAAGACGGAUUUGGCCCGGAAAGCAGGCCAGCUGGGCGAGGAGUUAAGUAAAACGGCACGCGGUGUGGGUGAAACAUUAGCGGAGAAGGGUCAAGUUUUGGGUCAGUCCGGCGCAUUUCGGGGGAUUAGCGAAACGGCCAAAGUGGUACGACAGGAGAUGGACAACCAGAGUAUCGAGGCGCGGGUAUACCGCAGUCCGGAGAAGUUACGGAAGCGUGUGGAAGUUUCUCUCGCGUCGGAUCCUUCGCGGGUGGUGGAACCGAAUGCGGAAGCAACCGGUAUGGAGCUGCACAAAGACAGCAAGUUCUAUCAGUCAUGGGAAGAUUUCAAAAACAACAAUCAGUACGUGAACAAGGUGCUCACGUGGAAGAUGAAGUACGACGAAUCGGAGAACCCAAUGAUCCGGGCCUCCCGACUACUGACGGACAAGGUGAGCGACAUCAUGGGCAACCUCUUCUCGAAAACGGAACUUUCGGAAACGUUGACCGAGAUCUGCAAGAUAGACCCGAACUUUGACCAGAAACAGUUCCUGCGGGACUGCGAGAACGAUAUCAUCCCGAACGUGCUGGAAUCGAUUGUCCGGGGCGAUCUCGAGAUACUGCGGGACUGGUGCUUCGAAAGCACGUACAAUAUUAUCGCGACUCCAAUCUCCAUGGCACAGAAAGCCGGCUAUCGACUCGAUUCCAAGAUACUUGACAUCGAAAACGUGGACCUGGCGAUGGGCAAGGUGAUGGAGCAGGGCCCGGUACUGAUUGUGACCUUCCAGACGCAGCAGAUCAUGUGCGUGCGGGACAGUAAGGGUGCGGUGAUCGAGGGUGAUCCCGAGAAGGUGAUGCGAUGCCACCAUGUGUGGGUACUGUGCCGGGACCCGAACGAGCUCGACCCGAAAGCCGCCUGGCGGUUAAUGGAAAUGUCCGCCAACAGCACGGAACAGUUCGUGUAAAGUGCUGUGAGUGGGUCCUUUCUUUUAUCCCUUCCCCACAAGUGGGUCUACCUCCCCCGAAGGUCACCCGGUCGCAAGUGCGUGUAUGCGAGAGUGUGUAUGUGAGCGUGUGCGUGUGUAGAAUAAGGCGCGAACACACCAACCAACCUUCUAAUGGUAAUGCGACGGACGUUCCUUUCUCAGCUGUGAUCGCAUCCUGUGUUCGCGUGCCUAAAUGCCAUUUUAGACGGCAUCCGGAAUGCGUCAGUUUUAUAGAAGCGCGUGUGUGUUUGAGUGCGACAGUUAGUAGCUAUAGCGUAUUUUGUACAGAGGAUGCGUUUGUUUUUUUUUUUUACGCGGUGGCCGUGGUCACGGUAACUAUCGGAAGUUGACGCUGCAAGAACCGAACCAACAUGCCCAGGCCACCGCGAACACGUGUCCAGGUAGCUUAAUGUUAUAAUGGGGGACGCGAUCGAAGUCAAUAGCAAUAGGGCUGCAGCGAAUCUUACGCUUUUGGACGUUUUAAGUUUGGGAUCUAAAAAAAAGAAACGUUGCAACGAUACGUUAUUUACCUCGUGUUAGAUAUCGAGGUUCGAGCUAAAUCCGAGCAAAUGCGAUUGUGUAUGGGCAAUAAAUUUGAGGCGCAUUACGGUACACCCGGAUCAUAAGAGAAUGAAGCCGUGCGUUGCAAUGAUUCUACGAUGAGUAUACAUCCAGAAAACGGGUCGCAAACACAAUCAAUCGCAAACAGUCACCGAUCGUAAUCAAUUCCAGCAAUCAGAACACAUCAACUCUCGGCAUAACAGAGUCUGUCGUAUGGUGAGCUUAUCAGGGUCCUAGCACCGCACCGCUGCGGUCUUGACCUGCUGCACCACCACGCGUGUGGUCCGUAAAAUGA